AUGCGACACGCAGAAGACCCAUACAUCUCAACAGCGGACUUCUUCCUCCUGGAGAAAUGGCAAGAAAACUCCCCGCUCCCCGACGACGCCCAGCGCGAGCAGAUCUUCGCUGCAUUCGCAGAUCUUGGCGUUCAGGGACAGCAGCCCUACCAAGAAAUCAAACAGCAGCGCGGACGCAAAGCAUCCCAUCUCACAACCGCAGAACGCGACCUCCUUAGCCGCGUCCGCCAUCCCACAGACCGCUGCUUAGACGACUACUUCAUCCCCUGGGUGCGCACAUGCUACGAGUCCGGGACGGACGAAGCAUGGACCGCAAUCAAAGAAAAGCUAGCGGGGCACUGCGGCGGCAAGACCGCGAUGGCGCUGGACAAUGCCGCGCUGUAUAAUGUAGCCCGCGAGCAGCGGCGCAUCUUCUACCGCGUCCCGCAGCUCUUGUGCGUUAGCGAGAGUGCCAGGCAGCACCGCGAGAGGUUGCGAAAAGCGCUCUAUGGGGAGGACAGCGAGGAGGAAGACCCGGACUCCGACUCUGACGCUCAGUCGGAGAUCUACCUGGACGAGCCAGACUACGAGACCUACUACUGGGCGCUGGUCCAAGGGCGCAUCCACGUCGUCGACCGGGUGGCGUUAGCACCAGAGGGGUCUUGUCCGUAUGCAGGCAAAGUGCGCGUUGUCUGGUACGAUGCAUGCGGGCGCACGAUCAAGUACUACCGUGCGGAUGUGGGAUAUGCGUUGGAGCUUACGGGGUGCGAUAGUUACUUUCUGUUUGAGAACCCGGUUUGGGGCAGUGCGAUGGUGGGCAAGGAGUUUCGGGAGGGAGGGGCUUGUGCGCCGCCUUUUAAGGUUGAGAGGGAGAGUGAGGGUGAGGGCUCUAAAGAGGAAGGCGGCAAUAAGUGA